CGACCAUGUAGCUAGCUAGCAACACCUCGCAACGGAGAGAGCUCGCAGGGAUGGCGUGCGAGACGGGCGAAGAGGACGUUGUCUCGGAGUACCUGGGCCAGAACCCGCAGCUGGAGCGGUGGGUCGACACCCUGAGGACCCGCUGCGAGAGCAACAAGCAGUGGGUGGCCCGCAGGGAGUUCGUCCUCCGGAACAUGGAGGCUUUCCCCGCGGUGGAGCCCGGGGUCCCCAGCGGCAGCCUGGACCAGCUGCUCUCCCUGUCCAUGGUCUGGGCCAAUCACGUGUUCCUCGGCUGCAUCUAUCCACUGGCCGUCAUGGACAAGGUCAAGGAGAUGGGCGACGGCAUCGUGGUCAUCGACGUUCCGGUGCACAAAACCACUAAAGAUGGACUCCUGGCCAGAGGAAAGCGGAGCGCCACGGCCGACGGCGACGCCGACGGCGACGCGAAAAGAGCCAGAUGUGGAUCCAACGAGCUCGCCGGCCGCGCGGCUUCGUGGUCGGCCGGUCAGAAGUCGGGCCCUCGGCCCCAGGCGCCGGCGCAGCGCCAGCCCUUCUUCAACCGCCUCUACAAGGCCGUGGCGUGGAAGCUGGUGUCGGCCGGCGGCUUCGGGCCCAACCUCGACCACUUUGAGAUCCUGCGCAGCUGCGUGGAGUCGUGCAAAGAGACGCUGACCAGCGUGUUCGUGCCGCUGAAGGACAUCGCCGGGCUGCCGGCCGGCCGCACGCAGAAGGAGGGCCACGUGUGCGAGAUCCGCUGCCAGACCGUGUACAUGGGCACCGGGUACGGCCGCGACGAGGCCGCCGCCCGCGCCAUGGCGUCCAAAGAGGCGCUGAAGGUCUUCCAGGGGCGCAAAGUGUCGGUGAAGAUCUGCCGGCGGCGGUUCAGAGGGAAAGACGUGGAGGACCUGAUGCUGCUGGACGAGCAGCCGCGCAGCCAGGGCUUCCCCCCCGCCAUCAGCUACCCCUUUGAGGCGGAGCCGCCGGAGGGCGGGGCCUCGGAGGGCGGGGCCUCGUAGGGCGGCGCCGAGCCACCGGAGGAACUCGCGACCGCGUUGUGUGUGUUUUUUUACCCACAAUGCUUUGGUGCUGCAACCAGAAGGAACCCGAGGACGUUCACAACCGCCUUCAGCGUGACGGCGUGUGACAGCGGGCGAAAACAUCGAGAACUGAAAGAAGAAAAGAAAGAGACGGUGGAGGUGAGUUCAUCUCAGAGUACGUACUUUACGUACUUUACGAACUUACGAACUUACGUACUUGGUUUUGAUGAUGUCACUUUGUUUUGACGCCAAAAAAACAAAAGCAGAAUAGUUUUUCUAAUUACUUCCGACUUGUUGACACAAACGUAGUGAAACACGAGGAGCGACGUCACAGACGCUGUUUCCGGUUUUUUUUGGAACCUUUUUUUAAUUUUUCAACUUUAAUAGAAUUUUCUUUUCUUUUUUUGUACCCUUUGAUCUUUUGUUUGGCGCUCUAGGCGUGUUUCCGUCGCGUCGUCGUUUCUGCUAACUAAGUGUUCGUCGUUGAAAAGACAUUUGAUUCAACAUUUACCUACGGUUAAAAACAAAAAGAAAAAAAGUGUUUCUUUAAUCAAAGUAUUCCUUCAAAGAAUCGACCGGUCGGUUUGAGUUGAUCAGUUUAUUUCCUGACGGGAUGCUUCAGGAAGCCGACGGCAGAACCCUUCAUGUCACGGUGAUCAUCACCGAUUAGAAAGAAAGAGCCACAGAGGAAAGACGUGUCACGCCCAGAGAACCCCUCCGCCUGGGCCACGCCCACACGGGUCUCAUGGGGGUGGCGUGCUGCUGCGAUGGUUUCUGAUUUAUUUUUGUUUCUAGUCUCUUCGGGUGGAGGAUCGAGGGUGGAGGCCUGAGGAUCGAGGGUGGAGGAUCGAGGGUGGAGGCCUGAGGGUGGAGGAUCGAGGGUGGAGGCCUGAGGAUCGAGGGUGGAGGGUGGAGGCCUGAGGAUCGAGGGUGGAGGCCUGAGGGUGGAGGAUCGAGGGUGGAGGCCUGAGGAUCGAGGGUGGAGGGUGGAGGCCUGAGGAUCGAGGGUGGAGGCCUGAGGAUCGAGGGUGGAGGCCUGAGGGUGGAGGAUCGAGGGUGGAGGCCUGAGGAUGGAGGGUGGAGGCCUGAGGAUCGAGGGUGGAGGAUCGAGGGUGGAGGCCUGAGGGUGGAGGAUCGAGGGUGAAGGCCUGAGGGUGGAGGAUCGAUGGUGGAGGCCUGAGGGUGGAGGAUCGAGGGUGGAGGCCUGAGGAUCGAGGGUGGAGGAUCGAGGGUGGAGGAUCGAGGGUGGAGGCCUGAGGGUGGAGGCCUGAGGAUCGAUGGUGGAGGCCUGAGGGUGGAGGAUCGAGGGUGGAGGAUCGAGGGUGGAGGCCUGAGGGUGGAGGCCUGAGGGUGGAGGGUGGAGGCCUGAGGGUGGAGGCCUUCUCCGCUCUGUCCCGUGUGUUCCUGUCCGUUUACACCAGUGAUUCUGUUUCUAAAUCUAUUUUUAAAUAAACACGAUAAUUUAA